AUGGUGGUAGAGUGGCUGUGCCCUGGACUCAGGCCGACCAGGAGCAACAGGCCCCGUCUUUUGCACUGCAAGGUGAUCCUUCUGGACGAGCACGAGUUGCUGCAGGACGUCCUGAGCUCGAACCUGGGCCAGGAAUUGUUGGAUAGGGUGUUCAAGCACCUUAACUUGCUGGAAACUUCUUAUUUCGGAUUACGUUAUCUUGAUCACGGGAAUCAGACGCAAUGGCUCGAUCAAAGCAAAAAGCUCGGCAAGCAACUGAAGAUUCAUAAAGGUGAUCCUGGAUCGGACGUUCAUACUCUCUACUUCGGUGUGAAAUUCUAUGCGGCCGAUCCGUGCAAGCUCAUUGAAGAAAUUACCAGGUACCAAUUCUUUCUCCAAAUAAAGCAAGAUAUUCUGCAAGGAAGACUGCCCGUAUCCUUUGAUCUAGCCGCAGAAUUGGGAGCCUACGUUGUCCAAUCGGAACUUGGGGAUUAUGAUCCUAGACGACAUUCACCCGGAUACGUCACCGAAUUUCGAUUUCUCGCUAACCAAACCACGGAACUGGAGAAUCGUAUAGUAGAGAUUCACAAAACUCUCAUAGGACAAUUACCUUCAGCAGCGGAAUUAAAUUAUCUGGAUAAAGUGAAAUGGCUUGAAAUGUACGGGGUAGAUUUGCAUCCUGUAUUGGGCGAGGAUAGUGUGGAAUAUUUUCUGGGUCUAACACCGAGCGGGAUAAUAUUGCUACGGAACAAGACCAAAGUGGGAAAUUACUACUGGCCUCGAAUAAAUAAAAUCUACUAUAAGGGCAGAUACUUUAUGCUGAGGGUAAGCGAAAAGAAUUCUGAGGAGAGAACGCACGGCUUCGAAACACCAUCGAAAGGAGCCUGUCGUCACCUUUGGAAAUGUUGCUUGGAACAUCAAGCUUUUUUUCGGUUAAUGGCGACCGGUCCACCGCCCCUUAGUCCAUACUCUCGCUUUCAUUCAUAUAGUCCUCCGUCCACUUUGGAAAAGCACGCAGCCAUUAGACGAAACCCACCGCCGUUUCAAAGGACUCCCAGUCGAAGAGCGCAGAGACGAGUCGUUGAAGGUCAAGAGAUGGUCGGUUCGUUCGUCGAAACACCCGUCACCAUAAUCUCAAAUCCAAGCAACAAUCCAUCCAGUGGUAAUAUACUGUGCAAUACGCAAAGGCACAUAAGCACAUCGAGUCCGAGAAGCACGAGAAGCGCGCCAUGGACGCAGAGUCAGCCUCGCGGCCUUUAUACCUCGUCUAGUCCUCGCUCCGUUCGCUCCGCGGGAACGGCGCCGGCACUCUUAAGUAGACUUCAACGUCGGAGUAGCUCGGUGGAGAGUCAAAGUUCGGGGGAUAGUCAUAGUCGCAGUGGUCACCGUAGACGAAGUCACAGUCAUAGUCAUCGUCGACAUAGCAGACAUUCCGAUUGCGAAUCUGAGCUUUCAAGAAGUUCAGAUACAAGAUCCGGCCAUCGAAAACAUCGCAGAAAACACAGAAAUUCCCGUUCCUCUAGUAGACACGAGUUGGUAGAUUCGGAGCCGCAAUGGAGAGAGGCACAAAAACGAAAAGGGGAAGGUGUGCAAAAAGCUAUUGUGAGUCACACGGAACCCAGAAGAAGACACAGAAGCAGACAUCGAAGCCCUUCUCAGAAGCAGCCACUGCCGGAUGAACUCCGAAAACACUUGGAAUUUAGCUUAAUCGACACUAGCGGGAUGAGCGAGCAGCAACGUCGAGAGAUAUCCUACACGGUGGUACAGUCGCAAUCUGUACAGCAAUCUCCCUUACAGUCUAACAAUUCUCGAUUGGAUGACACAGAUUCAUCGUCCCUGCCUAGAACUGUCGGAUCCGUUGGCAAAAGAGAAAGAAGACUCAUGCGGCAUUAUCGUGAUGGAAGUUAUAACUUGCUGUCGGCAACGUCCAAUCGAGUCGAAGGAAAGUAUCCCGAAGCUCGAAACGAAUAUAGCACGAAGAAGGACUUUUAUUAUACUCGUAGCAACCGAAUGUCAAUAGGCAAUAAUGCAGACAGUGGACUCGGAGAGAGCACACCACAGGACUUUUCAAGCUGCUGCUCAAGUUCUGCUGACAGCAAUAAGCCUAUUCAUGUAACACAAUUGCAAUUAGGGGGCGAGGUACAUUAUGAAUUGCCUUCAAAUCAAGAAAUCUACCCUCCUGUUGACACUACUCUGGAUGCUGUUCUCCAACCCAUUAUAUCAACGUUAACGAGGAGGCAACGGAGCCACCCAAAAUAAUCGUAAAAUUGUAAUACAAAGCAAAA